AUGGCAGCUGUCAGUCAAGCAGCUUCCGCCGGCCAAAGCGCCAAGCAAUUUGGCAGCAAGGUCUGGGCCAAACUUCGGGAGAUUGAUCUCAACCCAGAGACAGCGUUUAGGAAAAAACGGCCUAAACCUUCGCACCGCCGUGUGAUGGUGAAUAUAGACCUUCCUAAAGAUAUGUACGACUCGAAAGGUCGUGUCAAAAAGGAGAAUGUGUUUGUGACGAACCAGAUUGUGUCAGCCAAGUACACGGUGUACAACUUCGUUUUCAAAAACUUGCUAGAGCAGUUCCGUCGUGUUGCCAACAUUUUCUUCUUGGUGCUUGUUAUUCUCCAAUUCUUUCCGCAAUUCACGACCAUUAGUCCAGGUGUGGCUAUGCUUCCUCUUUUGAUUGUGUUGUUUAUUACAAUGGUCAAGGACGGAUACGAAGAUAUCAAGCGCCACCAAUCGGACCGAAACGUGAAUCGUCAGAAAUGUCGUAUCCUGGCAGGACAUGGCUUUAAAAAUCCGAACCACAUGGAGCCCAAGAACCGAAGUUUGCAGGUUCUUUUCACGGUGCUGCGUGGCUACUUGAUCCCGCCUUCGAUCUACAGACUGAUGGACCGUCGAAAGAAGAUUUCUCAUACGGAUGCGGCAAGCGGCCACAUCUCAAGCCAGGCUCAUUCGGCCCCACCGCGUGCCAUGUCGCCCCCUCCUAUGUCGCCGAUUAACGAAAAUGAUUCUGUUCACUUCCAGUCACCUGUGAUGCAAAACCAUCCCCAUAUGCACUCGUUGCAUCGCGAAACCACGCAGCAGAGCACGCUGAGUGGAUAUACAGACGAGCACCAGCCUCGCGAUAGUAUGAUGUCCGAGCGCAGCUCGCAUCACUUUUCGCGUCUUCGUUGGAAAGGGCGCCAUUGGGAAGAUGUGCAUGUUGGCGAUAUUGUCAUGCUGCGCAAUAAUGACCCUGUGCCUGCGGAUAUGCUUUUAUGUUCUACAAGUGAGGACGAUGGCAGUUGUUAUGUUGAAACGAAGAACCUCGAUGGAGAAAUCAACCUCAAGAGUCGGUUUGCUGUACCAGAGCUUAUGGAUAUGCGCACGCCUGAGGCCUGCGCAGACCGCCAGUUUGAUGUGGAAGUGGAGCCACAGCAUACGGAUAUGUACCGCUUCAAUGCACGUGUGAAUCUGUACGAUGAACAGGACGAUAGCGGUGAGAAUGUUUCGUGCUCCGUUACGCUGAACCAGGUCCUAUUGCGUGGAAGUGCUUUGCGUAACACCGACUGGGUCAUUGGUGUGGUUCUCAUGACGGGUAUGGACUCGAAGAUUGUGCUCAACUCUGGCGAUACGCCCAGCAAGCGCAGUCGUAUGGAGUUCCUCAUGAACAAAAUGGUCUACGUAAAUCUCGGCAUUAUCGGCGCCAUUGCCGUGAUUUGUGCGGCGGCCGACUCGGCGAUGGAAAAGUACUACUUCAAGCGCAAUGCAUACUGGGAGUAUCUGUCUGUGUUCAAUGAUGACAACCCUAGUCUGAACGGUCUUGUAUCGUUUGCAAACUCACUGAUUACGUUCCAAAACAUUGUGCCUAUUUCCUUGUACAUUUCCUUCGAGGUGGUGCGCACGAUUCAGGCGCUUUUCAUUUUCGAAGAUCACGAUCUGUACUAUGACAAAGCCAGUCGGCGCACCACGGCGAAAUCAUGGAACUUGUCAGACGAACUGGGCCAAAUCCAGUACAUUAUCAGUGACAAAACUGGUACACUUACACAGAAUCUGAUGAUCUUCCGUGGAUGCACAAUCAAUGGAACUGUGUACCAUGGCGGUGGAGAGGCACCGACGUUGCCGACAGGCCGUAAGCGCAUGACAGUGCGUCAUGCGAUUGAUGGCGUUCCCCCCUUUUAUGACAAAGAUCUGACGUCGGAAGUGCAGUCGUCGUCCACAUCGUCGGACAGCCCAGUUCGUGACUUUUUCCAUUGCUUAUCGCUGUGCCAUACAGUGCAUGUGGCGCCUACGGACGACAAGAAUGUAAUUUUAUAUCGUGCAGAGUCGCCAGAUGAGCAGGCACUGGUCCAGAUGGCGGCCGAUAAUGGGUUUGUGUACUGCCGUCGUCAUCUGAACACGGUGGAGCUGCAGCUGCCGGAGGACAAGGAGCGUGAGCGGUACGAACUGCUCCAAGUGCUGGAGUUCUCGUCGGCUCGGAAGCGUAUGAGUGUGGUCCUUAAAAGUUUCCAGACCAACAAAAUUAUCAUGUACAGCAAAGGCGCUGAUGCGAUGAUUUACUCGCGCCUGGCUUCGAACCAGGACGACAUGAUGUCUACGACGGACAAGGCACUCGAAGAGUUUGCUAGCCACGGUCUCCGAACUCUCUGUAUGACGAAGAAAGAGCUGGAUCCUGAUGCCUACCAUGACUGGGCUCGUCGGUAUCAGCAUGCCAGUGUGGCUACAGACAACCGCGAGGCGUUGAUGGAAGAGUUGGCAGAUGAGCUUGAGCGUGGAUUGAUCCUGAUUGGCGCUACGGCCAUUGAAGAUCGUUUGCAGGAUGGCGUGCCAGAUACCAUUGCGGACCUGAAACGUGCUGGCAUUAACAUCUGGAUCGCCACCGGUGACAAGCUGGAAACGGCCAUCGCUAUCGGGUACAGUACCAAGCUCCUGGCUCCAGACAUGAACUUGAUUGUUAUACGUGGCGGCGAGUAUGGCUCGAGGAACUCGGCAUUCGCGCAGCUGGAGACCGCAAUGGAUCGCUUCUUUGGUGGUGUGGAUGCCUCUGAGCUGAAGCAUCCGCCGCCGCCUGUGACUGCGGAUGGCGCAGAGAGUGCCAGCCGCAGUGUGUUUAGUCAUGCGUCGUUGGUCGGAGAAGAGAAUGGCUCGCGGCCUGGUGGCUACGCCCUGGUCAUUGAUGGCCAUGCGCUGGCCUUUGCCUUAGAGGAGCCGCACAGUCGCGAGCUGCUGAUCAAAGUCGCGAAGCACUGCCGCGCCGUGGUAUGCUGUCGUGUGAGUCCGCUGCAAAAAGCUCUCAUUGUGCACUUAGUUCGUGAGGGUUUGGAAGGUACGACGUUGGCCAUUGGUGACGGUGCCAAUGACGUUUCGAUGAUUCAAGCGGCGCAUGUCGGAGUGGGUGUGGCAGGCGAAGAAGGUUUGCAGGCAGUCAACUCAUCCGAUUACGCGAUUGGUCAAUUCCGAUUCCUCAAGCGGCUGUUGUUGGUGCAUGGCCACUGGUCGUACUACCGCAACAGUAAGAUGGUCAACGUCUUCUUCUACAAGCAGAUGGUGCACACAGGAACGCUGUUCUGGUUCCAGAUUUACUGUGCGUGGUCGACCUCGCAGGCCAUUGAUUACAUUUACUUGCUGUUGUACAGUGCUAUUUGGACUGUGGCGGCUGUGAUUGGGAUCGGUAUCUUUGAUCGCAAUGUAUCAGACCAUGUGCUUAUGCAAGUGCCGGAACUGUAUGCCUCCUCGCGUGAGGGUCGGUACUUUAGUAUGUGGCGCUUUGGCUGGUACAUGAUGGAUGGUGUGUACCAGUCCGUGGUACUCUUCUUCUUCAUCAUGUACUUUUACAACACUACGACGCCGCGGCAGGAUGGAUACGAUAUCAACUUGUAUGAGCCUACUACCGGUUUGAUCCUCGCGACUGUGCUGGCAGCCAACUUGUAUGCGGGUAUUGAAUCCCAUGCCUGGACAUGGUGGAUCUUUGGUGUGGUUUGGAUUCCUACGUUGAUUAUUUUCGUGUUUGAGCCGAUUUACGCUGCCUUCCCACCGGACGUCAUUUAUACGUACUCAUGGGGAAACAACUAUUUGCUGUACCGCUCGGCCCAGUUCUGGUUGGAAGGCAUUUUCACGGUGUUCCUGUGCUUGCUGCCCCGGCUGCUGUACGAGUACAUUCGUCUUUUGUCCUUCCCUAUGGAUGUGGAUAUCAUGCGAUACAUCGAAACACGUGAACCAGCACAUGACUACACCACCGAUCCACGCAUGCCAGGGUUGCGUGCUGCGCAUGCGUAUGAAGCUGAAGACGGCGAUCUGACCAUGCGUACGAAUGCACCCGACACAUACCCUUUGAUGCCCACACAGAGCCGUUCGAGCAGCGUAUAUUACGAUAUGAAUACCGGUGAACAGUCCUACUAUCGCGGCUACUCUUUCUCUGCCUCUGACAAGCCCACAGAAAAGCCUAAGGGUGUCUUCCGUCGCCUUACACGCAUCCUCAAGCCACAUUCGCUGCGGCGGAAGUCGAAGCGCGAGGGUGAUUCACACUAUAUCCGCUCUAGCCAGAUUUUAGCUGGUCAACCUCCUGGCGGUAGAGCGAGUGGUCUCUCUGAGCGCAAGCGCGAGUCAUACAUGGAAGAAUCAGUGAUGCAAGACUCGCCUACCGACGCUGACUCGUCUCGCUACGAGACAGCGAUGAGACCUGAUGGCGAUCGGUCGAUGUUUACGUCGCUCGAUGCGCGAAUGCCGUAUGACCACGAUGAGCCCUCGACGUUUAUGCAGUCCGAGGCAGGCGAUCAUACCGUGACAGAUGCCUUCUUCACUGUGCUGGAGCAUGAUGAUGAUCACACCCGCCCCACGUAA